AAAGUUCUUGCAUCUCCAAAGGGAAGAAUAACAAUCCGGAAAAGUCGUUCUCAAGUUUUUCUUCAAUUUCUCUAUUAAAAAUCCUUCAAAAUGUCCAUUGCCAAACGUGUGCAGCAAUGGGCGACAUUUGCACGCACAUGGCACAUCUACGAUUGCACCUGGCAGAAUCCGUUCGAAUCGGCUAAAUUAAUAAAAACGCACCUGAUGGGCCUGCACAAGCCUAUUUAUCAUCCCAUGAUUCAAACUCGCGGCUUGUCCACUUUAAACAGACCUCUCCCGAUUUACCAGACACAGAAACGCUAUAUAAUGGGUCGCUUGGGCACUGUAGAUCCCAGCUCGUACUCGCAGCCGGAUUUGGUGACCACGGAGCACAGUGUUCUCAACUGGAAGGUGGACUUUGCGGCCACGAAACUGCAAGGAAGUGUCCAGCAUCGUUUUAAUGUUUUGUCUGGCAAUCUGGAAAAGAUUCUCCUGGAUGUCCGCGACAUUAACGUGACCAAUGCCACGUUGCUGGCCGGAGGCACUGAGCUGCCGAUUAACUACUUCAUCAGCGAUCCCGUGGACGAUAUUGGCCAGAAGCUAACGCUGGAGUUGCCAUCAGGAACGGCUAAGGGCAGCCUCAAUGUUCGCAUCGAUUACGAGACCUCGAGCAGUGCCAGCGGGCUGCAGUGGCUGAAUCCCGCCCAGACUUUGGGCAAGGAGCAUCCCUACAUGUUCUCACAGUGCCAGGCCAUCCAUGCCCGCUCGGUGUUUCCCUGCCAGGACACGCCAUCGGUGAAGUUCACCUACGAUGCCACCGUGGAGCAUCCCAAUGAACUGACCACCGUAAUGAGUGCUCUCAUUGCGAAGAAGGAGCCUGGAAAGACCCAGUUCAAGCAGGAGGUGCCCAUACCCGCUUAUCUGGUGGCCAUUGCCAUUGGCAGACUGGUUUCUCGGCCGCUUGGCGAGAACUCAAACGUCUGGGCCGAGGAGGCAAUUGUGGAUGAAUGCGCAGAGGAGUUCUCAGAAACUGCGGUCAUGCUGAAGACCGCCUCGGAGCUGUGCGGCCCGUAUGUGUGGAAGCAGUAUGAUCUGCUGGUGAUGCCACCAUCCUUUCCCUUUGGUGGUAUGGAGAAUCCUUGCCUGACCUUUGUGACGCCAACCCUGCUGGCUGGGGACAAGUCGCUGGCCGAUGUUGUGGCCCAUGAGAUUGCCCACAGCUGGACGGGUAAUCUGGUGACGAACAAGAACUUUGAACACUUCUGGCUGAACGAGGGCUUCACCGUCUUUGUGGAGUCCAAGAUUGUGGGCAGGAUGCAGGGCGCCAAGGAGCUGGACUUUAAGAUGCUCAGCAAUCUCACGGAUCUGCAGGAGUGCCUCCGCACUCAACUAGAGAAGACUCCCGAGCUGAGCAAGCUGGUGGUGAACCUGUCCGACUGUGGACCCGAUGAUGCCUUUUCCUCAGUGCCUUACAUCAAGGGUUCCACAUUCCUGCGGUAUUUGGAGGACUUGUUUGGCGGACCGUCUGUCUUUGAGCCCUUCUUGCGGGAUUAUCUGAAGAGAUAUGCCUACAAAUCGAUUGAAACGAAUGAUUUUAAGGCUGCUCUGUAUGAUUACUUCAAGGAUACUGACAAGAAGGAUCAACUGGGUGUCAUAGACUGGGAUUUGUGGUUGACCAGCGAGGGCAUGCCUCCAAUUAUUCCCAAGUUUGACGAGUCCCUGUCCAAUGUCACAAAGGAGUUGGCCAAUCUCUGGAGCUCACAGACUGUGGCCGAACUGAGCGACAACAAGGACAUUAAGCAGACCAUUUCCAUACACCAACUGAUUGAUUUUCUUGGAAAACUGAUCGAGAAGAAGGACAUUGUUGACCUGAACGAACGUAAGAUUGAGCUCCUCGAGUCCACAUACAACUUGAAGGGAUCCAAGAAUGCCGAGGUUCGCUUCCGCGUUAAUCGUUUGAUUAUUCGUGCGCGUUUGAUCAAGCGCCUGGAGGAGAUUCUCGAGUUUGCCAACUCUAAUUUCCGCAUGAAGUUCUGCCGUCCCAUUUAUCGCGAUCUAGGAGCUUGGCCUGAGGCUAAGCCUGCGGCUGUUCGCAACUUUGUGAGCGUCAAGGAUCAAAUGAUGGCCGUGUGCUCGCACACCAUUGAAAAGGACCUUGGAUUGAAGUAAAAUUUAAGUCUGAAUAUUAUGAUGUUGUGCAUUUUUUCAAAGCAUUGCUGUAAAUUCAACAAUAAAAUUGUUGUAUUGUUUUAAAUUCAACAAAA